AACAAUGGAGAACAUGCGGAAACGCAUCCGUAUUGAGCUAAUCUCCAGUCCCGAACGUCUAAGCAAGCUCGUAAACCAACCAACCUUCAACGACUGUAUCAAAUACGGUGAAAGGUUGUGCGCCGUCAUAAUGGACACAAAGAUGGUCAAGUUUAUCAAACCAAUAUACGUCGGUUUAGCAGUGCUUAACAUUAGCAAGACGCUUAUGUACAAGUACUUCUACGACGUAUUGAAACCACAUUAUGGCAGUGCAAUCGAAUUGGUUUACAUGGAUACUGACUCCUUCAUAUACCUACUCAGAGUAGGCGACUUCUACUAGGAUUUAGCUGAUAGCCCCGAUUUACUGGUGCACAUGGACGCAUCUAGCCUGCCCAAGGAUCACCCUUGCUACUCCACCGAUAGAAAGAUGAUGCCCGGCUUGUUUUCA